UAUAAUCAAUAGAAUGGAGAAUAAUCAAUUCAUUAAAAGUGAACAAUUUUUGUAACUUUUAUCAAUAUGUUUUUGCUUUUGUAUAAAAAAAAAUACAAGAUCAUAUUUAAUUGUCAUAUUUCACCCCUAGUCGGGGAAAUAUGAAAUCACAGCUCUCUGACACAAAAGUUGAAUACCAAACUCAAAAAGAAAAAUCCCCACGUUGAGUAAGAUUGAUGUACAAAAUUGUAUCUCCACGAACAACACAAGUGUACAUCACUAUAGUCUAGUUACGAACAACAAAUACGUUAGUGGUGACUAGAACUCUAUGCUUGCAAAGAUGGUUUUUUGCGGGUAACCAAACCCAACCCGCACAAACCCACAGUGGAUAGUGGUUACCCACUAACCAGUGCGGUGCUAGUUGUGGGUAGCAUAAUUGUAAAUUUGUGGGUGCGGGUACCCGCAAAAUGUGGGGCGGGUAACCACACCCACCCCAAUUUCCACCCCUAGCUGAAACCUUACGGCCUGAUUUGAGUAGAUGUUGCUCUGAUGGCAAGGCAAGUUUAUGAUUAUGUGUCAGGUUGAAAUCUGUAAUCUUCCAUACCUCAUUCUCUAUGCUGAACCGAAUAAAGGCUUUACACCUAGUUCUUGUUACCAUCCUAUUCACCUUUUUUGCCUCACACGAGUCAUCAUUCAUGCUAGUUCCUUGUUUUGAACAUAAAAACUCACGCUGAAUUAUUUUCUUCGUUGUAGCAGAAUAUCUGUAUUUGCCUCGACGGACACUGAACCCAGUCCUCAAAGCAUAGUUAUUGUAGAGAUUGUAAGCUUCCUCUUCAUUAGAAACCACUCUCCCAUAUAAAUUAUCAUCAUCACUAGCAACCCGAGUAACAAAUUGUUGAACCUCAUCAUGUUUUCCAUCAACAUUGAUAUCUUCUUCAAUAUCCAUCCCUGAUUAAAUAAAGGCCAAAUACAACUGUUAUGUAGUACGGCAAAGAGGAACAAUUACUUUGCAGCUUAGUAUUAGAAAAAUUAACAGAACAAUUGAUGUGCUGCCUAGUUACCUAGCAUAAUUACAGCAAAGAGGAAUCCAGAUUAACUAGAAUUAGGGUGAAAAACAAAUAUCCAAUUGGCUACUGCUCCUGUAUGUUGGUAUGCAUAUUUAAGACCAUAAAAUUGAGAUGGAAGUAGUUUUCUUGUUUUUUCUUUCAUUUGUGCUCCUUCAGGAUCUCUGAUCUUGCUCUUCUUUGUGUUUGCUUCAGUCCUUCAUCUAUAGCCGGUUUCUGAUUUUUCUGUUUAUUGCGUUGCAUUUCGCACCUGGACAUCCACUCCUCCUCCGACUGCUACCGUCUUCUCCAGGACUCUUCCCGGCCGCGUCUCUCUAGGACCGUUUCCACGACGCUUAUUUGCUCAGCAAGCUCCGGCAAAGGUCUCUUUAUGUCCUCCGCUGCUGGGUAUGUUAAUAUGAUUUUGCUGGUUCUUUAUCUCGUUCGUAGUUCGUAUUCAUUCUAUGGAGGUAUCUCGAUUUUGCUGCCUCUAGUUUUUAUUUUAUUUCUUUUGUGUUCCUCUAGAAUCUCCAAUCUCGCUUUUCUUUGUGUUUGAUUUAGUCCUUCGUCUAUAGCGAGCUUCUAAUUUUGCUUUUUGCCUUGAAUUUUGUCUGUGGUUGUCCAUGAAUGAUUCAUUUUCUGCCCUUUGAACAUGUAAUAAUUGAUGUUAACCACAAAUGUGAUUUAUUACCUGUUCAAAGAAGUUAAAAGAGUAAAUAAAUAACAUUUGAGACAUCAAAAUUUCCUAUUAUUAUAGUUCUAAUGGAUAGAAGGAAUUGCACAUUCCAUACGUAUUGAUUUGGUGGCGAAAACAUAUCAGGCAACUCAUUGGGGAAAAAGGGACGCUCGCUUGCACUUUCAAAUCUACCCAGCUAUUACAGAAAAACACCAUCAGGAUCAGUCAAACAUAAACAUGACAAGGACACAUGAAUGUAUGAAAACCAUGUAAAACUUAAGCAAAAGCACUGUACCUUGGCAUGAAACAUUUCGGAUUCUUUCACAACAUGUUCCACUAGGGAACCCUCAAGGCCAUCCUCAGAGAAAGCAUCCGCUUCAUAGAUAAAUGCAUUGUAGCAGUACUGAGCUCUCUCCAGUAAGCAGUAAAUUGUGCUAUCCUCUUGGCAAAUCAGAGAGCGGCUAAUCGAUUCCAGGUUCAAAAAGUCCAACGAAGUUCUAAAGGUUGACAGUGUUGCCAUAUUCUUUGUCUGGACUACAUACGCACAAGCUUCUCAUUACAAAUACGGUGUAGAUUCUCAAAAGUCAAAUUGGCAGAAUAGCAAUUGCGAGGGAUUCUAACUUAUAUAAAGUACCACAAGGAUUAACAACCAAAAUAAAGGGCAGAAAACGAAUCCUUCAUGGACGAUCACAGACAAAAUUCAAGGCAAAAAGAAAAAUUAGAAGCUCGCUAUAGACGAAGGACUAAAUCAAACACAAAGAAAAGUGAGAUUGGAGAUUCUGGAGGAACACAAAAGAAAAAAAACUAGAGACAGCAAUAUCGAGAUACCGCCAUAGAAUGAGUACGAACUACGAACGAGAUAAAGAAUCAGCAAAAUCAUAUUAACAUACCCAGCAGCGGAGGACAUAAAGCGACCUUUGCCGGAGCUUGCUGAGCAAAUAAGCGCCGUGGAAAUACGUCGCGGUCCUAGUGAGACGCGGCCGGGAAGAGUCCUGGAGAAGACGGUAGCAGUCGGAGGAGGAGUGGAUGGCCAGGAACGAAAUGCAACGCAACAAACAGAAAAAUCAGAAACCGGCUAUAGACGAAGGAUUGGAGCAAACACAAAGAAGAGCAAGAUCGGAGAUCCUGAAGGAGCACAAACGAAAGAAAAAAUAAGAAGCAGCAAAAUCGAGAUACCUACCCAGCAGCCGAGGACGUAAUGCCUCGCAGUCCAAAGGAGACGCGGCCGCCAAGUGCGCUGGAGAAGAUGGUACUAGUCGGGAGAGCAAAGGAUGACCAGGAACGAAAUGCAAGGCAAAAAGCACAAAAUAUUAGAAGCCGUCUGUAGACGAAGGACUAAAGCAAACACAAAGAAGAGCAAGAUCGGAGGACGGAGAUCCUGGAGGAGCACAAACGAAAUAAAAAAACAAGAACCAGCAAAAUCGAGAUACCUACCCAGCAGCAGAGGACGUGAUGCCUCGAGGUCCUUGGGUGACGCAGCGGCGAAGUGUACUGGAGAACAAGGUAGUAGUCGGGGGAGCAAAGAAUGAGCAGGAACGAAAUGCAACGCAAAAAUAAAAAAAAAUCAGAGGCCGGUUAUAGACGAAGGAUUAAAGCAAACACAAAGAAUAGCAAGAUCGGAGAUCCUGGAGGAACACAAACGAAAGAAAGAAGAAGAAGAAGAAUAAAAAAACAGCAAAAACGAGAUACCUACCCAACAGCAGAGUACAUAAUGCCUCGCGGUACAAGGGUGACGCAGCCGCAACUGGAGAAGACGGUACUAGUCGGAGGAGCAAGGGAUCCACUCAUCAGAAGCUUUGACUCCAUUGCAGCAGAAAAUGGAAGAACGAAGAGGAAAAGAAGGCAAAGGGUUGGAAAUCAGAGAAAUGAACGAGAGUUUGGGUGCUUUUGCUUGUACUGAACGCUGGAGGGAGGUGGUUAACCGGCGAACAAAAACAGAGGGGGUGAUGAGAGCGCAGAAAACUCCCAGUCCGGGUUUAUAGGAGGAGGGUUUCUCUCUCCCAGUCCGUCCUAUUUCACACUUCUCUUCAGCUAUUCGUUUUCCGGGGUAGCUUAAACAAUUGUAAAUUAUUCAUUUUUGUGAAAAUUAAAAAGUUGCACAAAAAUAAUAAAAAAGCAAUACACAUGGGACAGUGCCCAAACAUAGAAAGGUGGCCAGCCAUAGGCGUUCCAUAAAUGCCUGACUUUGCUUUCCCUUAGCUGCUUCUUACGCUCUGUUUGGCAACAAGGGGGUGCAAAUUGGAGGAGGGUGCAAGUUGAGGGGUAAAUUGCUGGGGGGUACAAAUUGCUGGGGGUGUAAGUGGAAGGGUAAAUUGUUGUUUGGUUGACAAAGUAGGGGGGUGCAAAAAGAGUGAAAAGUAAGUAAUUAUAUUAUUUUAAAAUAUAUUUUAAGAUUAUAAAAUAGAUUUUAAGAUUAUAAAAUAGAUUUUAAGAU